AUGUUCAAAGUUAGUCCGGAGAUUUCAAAUUGACGCGUUAUUCAUUUUAAUGGUUUUGCGAAAUCUGCAAAAAAAAAUUUGGGGUGCCGUUAGAAACUGAGUCGUAUAUAUGUCGUAUAUAGGGGCACUUUUAGGCCAUUGUAAGUUUUUUGUUGAAAAAUGCAAAUGCAAUGAUAGUUUCAGAAUUUGGGGUUUCUCGAGUAAUAGUCGCUAUCUCAUUUUUGAGAUUCAGUUUUUCUGGCGAUUCUCGAAGUUCCAAUUUUGCUUGAUUCGCGAAUAAUUAAUAAACGAAUAACGUGCCAAAUUUGAAAUCUAUUUCCUUAAACUUGUCCUCAUUGUAUAACUUAAUUCAUUUUUCAGAUGAUUUCAAAAUUGAACAGCGUUGGGAUGUGUGCGGUUGUUGCCACAGGUUCAUUUCUGCUGGGUCAAAAAUAUGAAGAAAAAAUUGUUUACGCGAAGCUUGUAAGCUUUUUUUUUGGAAAAAGCCUAUAUUUUACUUUUCUUUUCUUUUCUUCAUGCCACAUUGUUCUAAUAUUUUCCGUUCCAGCUGAAAAAUCCUCCUAGGUUCCGAGAAACCGUCUCGAGCGUCUGAAAUUUUGAAGUAUGGCAUUCCCGGCUAUGAUAAUCUCAAAUCAUAUGAGAAUUACGUUUUAUCAUAUAAUCGAUAUACACGUUCUGCUCAUUGGGUAAGAACCAUUUCAUUUUUUUUUUGAAGUUGAAACUAGCUAUUAAUUUGUCAAUUUCAUUUUUAGGUUUGCGAGCACUUGACGCAAGACCGUCUGGUUCGUGGCCCUUCAGUCGACCGUAAAUUAGCCGAAUUUUUACCUGACAAAUUUUUCGAUGGACGAUUCAUAGCAAAGAAUGAGGAUUAUCUAGUGAGAAAGGAAAAGUUAAAAAAUAGCGAAAAGUUUAUCAAGGGGAGCGGUUACGAUCGUGGACAUCUCGUUGCCGCAGGAAACCAUCGUCAAACUCAAAAGGCCACAAAUGAUACAUUUCAUUUGUCAAAUAUUAGUCCGCAGGUUGGCAAAGGCUUCAACAGAGACAAAUGGAACGACCUCGAGCAAUACUGCAGGUAAAAUCCCACAAAAUUCGAAUUUCAAAUGAAUGUAAAACGAUCAACAAAAUUAGUUAAUUAGGAAAGCUCAAACAUUCUGAAUAGUUUACCAAUAUUGAUUUAUAGAAAGAGAUGGCGAAAACAGCAAUAAACACGUACAUCUUGACGGGGCCUUUAUACUUGCCGCGAGAAGAACCUGACGGCAAUAAAUAUGUCAAAUAUAGGGUGAGCUGAAACUACUUUUCAAAACAACAGACUUAAAAAGUUAAGGUGAUUGGAAAUAAUAAUGUCGCGGUUCCCACUCAUUUCUUCAAAGUUCUUCUGCUUGAGAAAACACCUGGAAAGUACGAAGUAGAAUAUUUUAUGUUGGCCAACGAGGUGGGAGCGUCAUUGUAUCGCUAAUGAAAAAAAUUUCAAAGGUACACGAGGAUUCAAAUGACCUGAAAAAUUAUCACUGCACGAAAGAAGCGAUCGAGAAAUCUGCCGGCCUGUCGAUUUUUGAUAAACUUCCCCCGUCGAGUAUCAAAAAAAUCAAUAGAAAAGAAGUCUGA